AUGACGCUCACCGUUACAAACAAGCAAGAGACUGUCGACGUUGUCAUCGUAGGAGCAGGCCUCUCUGGACUCCGCUCGGCCGUCAAGAUCCAUGAAGCUGGCUACUCUGUCACCGUUCUCGAAGCCGGUGAUCGGGUUGGCGGCAAGACUCUUAGCGUUGAUGCUUCUGACCUGGGAGGUAAAGUUGACCUCGGUGCAGCUUGGCUAAAUGACACCAACCAGAGCGAAAUAUACAAGCUUGCGCAGGAGUUUGGCUUCGACCUGAUCAAGCAAAGAGCUACUGGACUGAACCUACACCAGCAGCUAGACGGCAAAGUCGACAAGAUACCGCACGGGUCCGGGAUGUCUCUGCCUUCAGGAGCGACUGAAUUGGUUCAAAAAUUCAUCGAGAAACUGAACAAGUGGGUCGACAAAAUCGAUCCUGAGAACCCCUCCGGUCAUCCCGAAGCAGAGAUGCUGGACUCACUAACCUUUGGCCAACUGAGCUCCAAGUACCUUGGGCCUGAACUCGGUCCAGCAGUCGCUGAUUCCGCUACAAGUCCCCUCUUAGGCGUGGGACCCGACGAGGUCAGCGCGUUAUUCAUGGUAGAUUAUUUCCGCAGUGGCACAGGCGUGGAAAACAUGGCUUCUGACGGAAAGGAUGGAGGGCAAUAUCUGCGCAACAGACAAGGAAACCAGACGUUCUCAAUCCGUCUAGCGGCCAAACUUCCAAAGGCAGCUGUAAGACUCCGCAGUCCUGUUAAGACUGUUACACAAGGCUCGGAUGGUGUCAUUGUCGAAACUGCCAACCCAGGGCAGAGCUUCCGGGCAAAAAGAGUGGUUAUUUCAGUACCAACUUGCCUCUACUCGUCCCUUGUGUUCGAGCCGCCUUUGCCGCCGACUAAGAAGUCUUUGAGCGAUAGCACUGCUUUGGGCUACUAUUCCAAGACCAUUUUUGUCUUUGAUAAGCCAUGGUGGCGUGAUGCUGGAUUGAGUGGCAUAAUUGAGUCUGAGGAGGGGCCUAUAUACUUCUCGAGAGAUACGUGCUCAGAAGAGGACGGGCAAUACAGUAUCACCUGCUUCGUCGUUGGUGAUAGAGGCAGGGACUGGUCCAAAUGGUCAUCCGCGGAGCGGAAGCGGAUCGUAUCAGAACAGUUCAAGCGUAUCUUCAGCGCAGUGGGCAUCGAGGCACCGGAGCCUGUCAACAUCAUUGUCCAGGAAUGGGUUAAGCAGCCUUGGAUCUGGGGAGCGCCAUCACCGGUCAUGAUGCCCGGGAUUCUGACAAGCGACAGUGGAAAAGCCUUGCGCGAGGUCUAUGGACGAGUUCAUUUUGUAGGCACUGAGACAUCGUUGGUUUGGAAGGGGUAUAUGGAGGGCGCUGUUCGAUCUGGUGUACGAGGUGCCAAAGAGGUGAUCAAGGCCUUUGAGGACGAAUAG